AUGUUCAAAGCGGUGGAUUACUCCGGGGGAAACUCUAGAUCGGAAACACCAGAGCAUGAAUUAGAACCCACAGCGUCUCCUCCGACUCUUAAAAAUGCACCAAUGACUAAAGUAGAUGAUGAACGCAACGGUGGUGAAUCGAAAAUACGGGAGGAAGAUCCAGCAUAUGAGAGUAAAAGGGAAGGAAAUCUAAGCUCCUUGCCAUCUUUCCAUCGAAGACCGCUCACUGAUACCCCUGUGAUUAGUCGAUGGACAUCUCCAAAGGUGUCAGAAGGGACAACCCCAGAAGCUAGUCCCAAGGAAAGUUCCAUGGAGCUGUUGCCAUUACAGGAGGAGGAAGGUGAAACUCCGGCCGAACAAGAACCCACUAGUGAUGCAAGUUCUUCAACAAUAACAGCUUCCACAAUGACUAAUUCGCAUAUUUCUGAUACAAAUGCAUUUGAUUCGAAAGUCUCAUUCCCAAAAAGAAGACCCACCACAAUUGAUGUGCCUGGGUUGACAAAAUCUAAGACAUCACCAGAUGGUAUCAUUUCCAGUGAUGAUUAUGGAUCUAAAUUGGUUAUUGUGAUGGUUGGUUUACCUGCUACGGGUAAAUCAUUUAUUACCAACAAAUUAUCAAGGUAUUUGAACUAUUCGAUGUAUUACUGUAAAGUAUUUAAUGUUGGGAACACUAGGAGACAAUUUACGGAAAAGACGGGUUUAAAUGAACAAGAUUCUAAAUUCUUUGAUCCUCAUAAUGACCAAUCGACUAAACUGAGGGAUAAAUGGGCUAUGGACACAUUAGAUGCACUUUUAGAUUAUUUGUCUAAGGGCCCCGGUUGUGUGGGAAUAUUUGACGCCACCAAUACUACAAGAGAACGUAGAAGGCAUAUUUUGAAGAAAAUUCGUAAAAGAAACAAGUUCCUAAAAGUAUUGUUUCUGGAAUCUAUAUGUAGUGAUAGAAAUCUCGUUGAAAAAAACAUAAAGCUAAAAUUGUUUGGUCCUGAUUAUAAGGGUAAAAAUCCACAAGCAUCACUGAAGGAUUUUAGAGAAAGAUUAGCAAAUUAUAUUACAGCCUAUGAACCAAUUGAAGACGAAGAAAACAUCCAAUAUAUCAAAAUGAUAGACGUGGGGAAAAAAGUGAUCGCGUAUAAUAUUGAAGGGUUUUUAGCAUCACAGACGGUAUACUAUCUAUUAAACUUUAAUUUAACGGAAAGGCAAAUUUGGAUAACGAGAAAUGGGGAAAGUCAGGAUAAUGCAUUGGGAAGAAUUGGUGGUAAUUCGAGAUUGACAAGAAGGGGCGAAAAAUAUGCAAAGGCAUUAGCAAAGUUUAUGGAAAAACAAAGAGCAUUAUUCUACGAAAGAAAAAUUGAAACUCAAUUGAAGCAAAGGCGUGAAGUCAAAAAGGAUCAGGAUUCACAGAAGAAGAAAAUUGCACCUGUUCAGUUAAAUGAUUUCUUUGUUUGGACAAGUAUGUUGACCAGAUCCAUUCAAACUGCGGAAUAUUUCAAUGAAGAUGAAUACCCUGUAAAGCAAAUGAAAAUGUUAGAUGAACUAGGAGCUGGUGAUUUUGAAGGUUUAACAUACCCAGAGAUACAAGAACAGUUUCCUGAGGAAUUUGAAGAAAGGCAACGAGAUAAACUAAGAUAUCGUUAUCCAGGAAUGGGUGGUGAAUCAUACAUGGACGUUAUUAAUAGACUCAGACCAGUCAUUACCGAAUUAGAAAGGAUAGAAGAUAGUGUGCUUAUUAUUACACACAGAGUCGUCGCUCGUGCGUUACUUGGAUACUAUAUGAACCUUGGCGUUGAUAUAAUCUCGAACUUGGAUAUACCCUUACAUUGUGUGUACUGCCUAGAACCGAAACCAUAUGGUAUAACAUGGUCAUUAUGGGAGUACAAUGAAGAUACAGAUGACUUUGCUCAAGUUCCAGAAUCAGAUCUAAAUACAACACGAGUAAGGGAAAUUGGCUUGGUACAUAGGGAGAGAAGGUAUUCUGUUGUCCCAACAGCACCUUCGAGUUCAAGUAGUUCACAAAGUGAUUUCCUGGCAAGACGUGCGUUAUCUAGAUCUAUCUCAAUAAAUGAGAAUAAUUUGAAUGAUUCCAAAACAAGAGGAAAUAGAGUCAAUAUGUUGGACGGAGGAGGGACUUCAAUAUCAACGUUCCAUUCCAGGCAGUUGCCUAUGAGGCGCCAUAAUCAACCCGAACAUAAAAGUAAAAUACUUUCCAAACAAGCUUUUGAAAUUGAUAAAUUAAACGAGAAACUUUCCUUAUUGAAAAACAAAUGCGAUUCACUUGAUGAGCGUAACAAGACGCCAAACGACGGCCAGAGUAUGACGAGAAGUCAGAGCCAUAGUUAA